AUGAAAACUCUUGGUGUUCAAGAUGUGAUGGGGACACUUAAGGCUUUUGAUCAGAGGUUAAGGAGCCAUGAUGAACAAUCUGAGAAAGCUUUUCAAACACUGAGUCUUAGCUCAAAUCAGAAAAAUGAUGAGCCAUCUAGUUCUAAUUCAGAAAAGGGAAAACAAAAGAUGAAGAAGAACUUAAAAAAUAAAGGCAAGAAGUGGGAAGGAAAACCAAAGUGUACAUAUUUUAACAGGUUUGGUCAUGUCAAGAAGGAUUGUAACUACAAAGGCAAUCAACAAGCAAACUGCAUUGAAGAACAGUGUGAUACCAACAUGUUCUCUGUCAGCCAUGCUGCAGCUACACAAGUGAGUGAGAAUGUGUGGCUUGUUGAUAGUGCUUGCAGUAAUCAUAUGGCUACGAAUGCUAAUCUUCUAUAUGAUAUUGACUACAACAACAUCACUAAAGUGAAGAUGGGAAAUGGAAUGUUGGUUGACACAAAAGGCAAAUGA